AUGAGACUGAUAUCUCAACUAAGUUUUAUUACAUAUGUCACGGCCAGAGGUAGAAGGCCUUUGAUAGACAGUGUGUAUGAUAAUGGGCCCUUUAACUGUUUGAAUGGUCGGUUUGACAACCUACACAUUGGAUACAGUAAAAUGAGUGACGAUAUAGAAUCUCUGGAUGAAUAUCUUAAAGAGGAAAACUACAAAAACUUGCCUCCUGAAUUACAGCUUAAGCAACUGAAUAAGGACAAGCAGAUGUACAAUAAUCUCAAAAGACUGAUUAGAAGGAGCAAAAAGUACGAAAUGCCACAAACUGAGGUGGUCUCGGAGGUAGUCUAUCCUCCUCCCAGCGCCGAUAGCAGUGACAAUAGUGGCCAGCUAGAGAGUAAAAUAAAUAGCAUACGCGAGAUAUAUGAUAGAAACUACGAGCCAGUGAGAACACAGUUGAAUUCAAACACUACACUCGAGUUUGUGACCUCAAUAAUACAACAGCCAGUACCCUCAGACGAUAUGGAUAUUAAGGGCACGAACAGUAAUUGCAGCAGUACUAUUAACCCCGAUAGUACCCACUCUAACAGCGACACGUCAACUUGUGGUAGGUCUGGCAAUAACCAGGAUCGACCACGGAGCAACUUCAACCUGAAUAACGAACAGUAUUUUACGAUAAAGGACUACACAGAGAGUGAACCGAUCCACGAAAACGAGAUAUACCUGCGGGAGAUAAAUGAGAGUUUGGCGAGGAGGAAGAGGCCUCCAAUCACCGUUGAUGACACAAGUGUCGGUAUCGAUGAUGAGUUAAAAUUUGCUUCCAAUGAUGGCACUGGGCCAGGUGACACUGACAAGUUGGAUAAAUUCGAAAGACUAAACAGCAAUAAAAGAUUCGUGAGGGAGCUCAGAAAGCUAAGACUAAAAAAGGCGACACAGUACAGAAAGUUUCUAAGUUACAUGAGGGACACGCGAGAGAAGAGUCAGAAUAGCUACUACCAUCAGCUCCCAGUGAACGAGAAGGGGUACAGAGAAUACACCAUUGAGGACAUCCCAAAGUUCAGUUACGAGGAGAUGCAGGAGGAGCUGAGGAACAGGGGAUACCGGUGCUCGUACGAAAAGGAGGAUUUAGAGCAGCUGCUGAGGGUGGCGCUGAAACAGGACGACGAGUGGAGAUACGAGAACAUUGUGAAGCAGGAAUUGAGCGUCGAUAACAUGAACCUGCCUGAGGCAGCCAGAAAUAAGCUAAAGAAGCUCAACGAAAAGGUUGAAAUGUUGAACGAGACAGCUGAGGCCGAUGACAUGAGCAUUAGAAUAAAGAGGCUGGAAAACAUGAUGGAUCUGAUGGAGUUCCACACUGACCCGGUAAAAUUAAGUUUAAUCCAUCUAGUCUAG